ACGCUUGCUCGCUUGCACGCACGCACACGCCGCGGUGUCACACACUAACAGACGCACAUUUCAUUAUUUUUUUCGCCGCGUUCUUCCAAUAUCGAUUCGUUCAUUUCGUAGGUACUCCGUUUUUCCUCCCUUUUUCUGUUAUUAUUCAAACUAGGUAGUUUUACCAGUUCCCGAGCGUCGCUCCGACAGAUAUCUGUUCUUGCCGUCGUCGUUUUCCUCGACCGUCACACGCCGUCGUCAUUCUGGCCGCCCGCGGUGCGAAUAGAAACCCGCUCGAAAUGGCGUCCGCAGCAGCCGCGGCGGCCUACAAUCAGAACCGCCGAGUGCCGCCUACGAUGCAAAUCCAAAAGAUACUUGAUGAAAAUGCACAGUUGAUUUCAACUAUUCAAGAAUUUCAAAGUAAAGGAAAAGCUCAAGAUUGUGUUCAAUUUCAGCAAAUUCUUCAUCGUAAUUUAGUCUACUUAGCAUCUGUGGCAGAUUCAAAUCAAAACAUUCAAUCAUUGCUUCCGCCACCAAGUAUUGCCUUACAACAAGGUAUGCAAACUCAAGGGCAGCAUAUGCAUCAGAUACAACAGCAACAACAUCAACAGCAUCAGCAGCAAUUACAGCAACAGCAACAACAGCAGCAACAACAACAGCAACAGCAGCAACAACAACAGCAACAACAGCAGCAACAACAACAGCAGCAACAACAACAGCAGCAGCAGCAGCAACAGCAACCUCCACCGCCAUCAGUUAUGAUGGGUGGACCAGAUGGUCAAAAUCCUCAGUCAAUACAACAACAGCCUCAGCAACAAGGUCCACCUCAACAGGCUAUGAACCAAGUGUUCACACAAGGACAAGGAGGACCAAUGCCUCCUAGUGGAUAUCGCCCUCAACAAUCUAUUGCUCCAAUGCGUCCACCUUCUCAACAAUAUAGACCGUCACCUCAGUACCAAGGACAACAAGGCUAUCAAAAUUUUGCAACUACUCAAAGCAGUGCCGUUGUUGGUGCUAGCCAACCAGGUGGAGGUAGUGUGUAUAAUCAACCACCAAACCAACCUUAUCCAGGUCAAGGAUAUGGUCAUCAGCAACCAGUGCCUAGUUCAAACUACCCAAAUCCAAAUUAUGCCAAUCCACCUACAAAUCAACAGUAUCAACCAAAUGGUCCUUAUGGCAAUCAACCUGGUGGUAGUUAUCCGCAAAAUGCUGUUUCUUCUCAACCACAGAAUUUUCCACCAAACUAUCCACCAGCUGGUUAUGUUCAACAACCAGUGAGUUCAAGCAGUGGUUAUGGUCCUGUAACAAAUCAACCAUCAUCAUACACUGGGUAUGGAAAUGCCCCUCAAAAUACUUAUGCUUCUUCUCAGACAACUCAAUCGGCACCAUCGGCCUCUACACAGACAUAUCCUCCUCCACCUAAUCAAUCGGUUCCUAAUGCUGCUGUUGCUGUACAACAGACUGCUCCUGCACCACAACCUAAUUAUCCUACACCACAACAACCCAACGCUCAAUCAUACCAAUCUCCUAAUAAUGGACCCAACCAACAGCCUGGACCACCUCAAAACUAUCCACCUCAGCAAGGAUAUCAACCUCCGCCUCAAGGAUAUCCACAAGGUUAUCCAACACCUGGUCAACCUGGUGGCUAUCAGCCAUAUCCACAGAGACCUUUGGCUCCUCCAUCAAAUCAGUCUCAAUAUCCAGGAUAUCCUUAUCAGCCAUCACCUGUUUAAGUCGAUCAUAAACGAGAAAAAACAUGAACAUUAAUUAUUUUUUUUAAAAACUUAUUUUUUAUUGAUAUUGAAUCAAUUUGAUUCAUGUACUUCAAUUUACUUAGAUUAGAAUUUUUAAGUUUUUGUACUUAUCUAUUAAAUAUCGGCACUUGUAGCUUCUAAAUUAAUAUUAAGUGAACCCAUUAGCAGUUUUAAAUUUGAUAAUAUACUAUAGUACGUAAUGAUUAAUGGGGUUAUUAAGGAUAUAUUUAGUUGUUUAGUUAAUCUUAAAUUUUCUUUACUUUAUUGAUAAUACAAUUUGGUAUUUUGGUAUAAUCUUCAUAUUUAGAUAAUAAUCUUUAUGUUUAUAUAUUAUAACAUUUUUUUUCAGAUUAUAAAACAAUUUUUAUAAAUUA